UCGUCCAGUUGCAAGCUAUUCAAGGUGUUGUAACCCUAGCUACUACAGCGGAACGGAACUCACAUAUCCGAACACUUUUCCCCGGGAGUUUUUUUAUGAAGAUGCACCUGAGAAUAGCUAGCUCGUAGCUGUCUUACGCGAGUAGCUUCCAAGUUAGCUACACACAUAAUUGUUUCGAAGUUCUCCACUUUGGAAUUUGACAACUCUUCAACGUGGUUUCUUCUACUGAGUACUGUACUCUACUGUAAAAGACCAUGGCAUGCCAGCAUGUGUUUGCUUGUCCCACCUUGAGAUCAUCAUGGAGAGUGGCUCUUGAUGCUGCUUGUAGAGUCAGCCAGCCAUGGAAGGGGAGUAGGUUGUCCUACUCUGGCUUUGCUCCCAUGGAGCCUGGUCACCAGGACAGACGUAAAGAUGACUCCACCAUCUUGGCUGAACAGACACUGCACACACCUGUCAUGCUUAAAGAAGUGCUCCGAUGUUUAGAUAUUCAACCUGGCCAGGUUGUUCUGGACAUGACUUUUGGAGGUGGAGGUCACACCAAAGCCAUCCUGAGGGCAUCUCCUGAGGUGACAGUCGUGGCCCUAGACCGAGACCCCACAGCAUUCAGCUUAGCUCAACAGCUGGCCAAGGAACACAGUGGCCGGGUGCACCCGUUACUGGGGCGCUUCAGUGAGCUGGGAGCCCUGCUGUCUAGACUGAGGUUGCAGUCAGGUAGUGUGGAUGCUGUUCUUCUGGAUGCUGGCUGCUCUUCCAUGCAGAUGGACUGUCCCGAGAGAGGCUUCUCCCUCAGUAAGGAUGGCCCUCUGGACAUGAGGAUGGAUGCAGACAGGUACCCCGACAUGCCCUGCGCCGCUGACGUUGUGAACGCCUUAGAUCAACAGGCGCUUGCGUCCAUCCUCACUGCCUAUGGGGAGGAGAGGCAUGCCAGGAAAAUAGCCUCGGCCAUGGUGGAGGCACGCAGUGUCUACCCCAUCACCCGGACACAGCAGCUGGCCAGCGUGGUGGCAGGAUCUUUUGCUGCCAGCGCUCUCUAUGCCCGCAAAGAUCGGCUUCAGCGACCCUCACACGUUGCCACCAAGACAUUUCAGGCGCUGCGUAUGUUUGUCAAUGAUGAGCUGAAUGAACUGCAUGCUGGACUCUGCACUGCUCAGACAGUGCUUAAACCUGGCGGCCGCCUCUGUGUGCUGACCUUCCAUUCACUAGAGGACCGCUUGGUAAAGCGUUUUCUCCAUGGAGAGGAUGUAGGUGCCCCACCCCGUCGGAGUGUCCGUCAGAGAGUCCAGCGAUGGGAGGAAGAGGAGGAGGAAGAAGAGAAGGGUGGGGAAAAGGACAGUGGUCACUGGGUUGACCUGCAGAGAGGGGUGCUGAUGCCACAGGCAGAAGACGUACUGGAGAAUCCACGGGGACGCUCGGCCAAACUCAGGGCAGCAUUCAAACAAUAACCCUCUGGAACUUGGCCUCAACCUGCACCAAUUAAAUCCUCCUUGUUUUUAACUAGACUACAGAACCACCAGGCUGGUCUUCGUCAGACACGACCAUACGGAUCAUAUCCAGGCACAGUCUCACUGGUGUCUGUCGGGUGAUAUACAGAACAAGUGCCUUGUUAAUGGUGGAACGCUGAGGCUGACUGGUAUUUAACUGCCAUGCACUAACAGUCAACAAUCCAUGUAGGCAUGUGCUCUUUAGUUCGUAGUACUGUGUGUUGGCACAGAGUUUUUAUUUAAUUUAGUUUAAGUGAUUUGUGUACCAUUUUUGAAGUAUAGGAAAUACAAUUGUGCUGAAGCCUAAGUUGAAGAUAACAAAGGUUAAGACAAGGAUUCUAAUAUCCCAUAACUCUUUGCAUAAAUGAGAAAUAAUUAGAAAACAAAGGGGCCAGCUAUGCUAGUUAGCAACGGCGCUGGUCCCAUGAAUCUGUUUAUUUUUCGAAAUAUUCUAAUCUGGGUAUCUUCAACCUAGGCUGAAGCCAGAGAUACAGAAGACAAAAAGUCUCUCACUCACUCACUUUGUACUGCAUUACUUUAUGGCUGAGCUGACAAAGUUGCAUACAGUAACAGUUCUGUCUUGAAUUCUGAGUUUCCUCAGUUCUCCCCAUUGGCUGAACCCAUAAUGUCUUUGCUCUCUUGACUGAUUAAUUCAUCAGAACAAUGUUGCCUCCAACCGACUGAUGAGUAUCCAGAUCAACGGAUGUAGGCACUAACCUCCCUAACUGAUGUCUGUAUACUCCAGCAAUGAGAGAACAACUUCCUAGGUAGUUUUGGCCGAAUGUGUACUGCACUGCAUGAAUCAGUAAUGUCUUUAAAUACCAAGUGACUCAAGUGUCACAAGUGGUGGUGAAUGAGCGGAUGACUGUUUCGUUCAUGAGCCUUCUCCUCCAACUGUUAACAGAUGAGGUGUUUUGAUCUGUGCUAUUGGACUUUGUCUAUUUGUAAUUGCUCCAUCAAGAGGAUCAACACUUUUCUUCCCCUCUGCCUCGUUCUGUACACUCUAAAUAUACACUUCUUGUUACCUUGGAAACUAAACAGCACAAGUAACAUUUAACUGUGUUUAAAUGUGUUUUCUGUUUUAAUCUUCUGCGAAACGAUGCCGUAUGUAGAAUUUUGACGCCCCUCUUUGAGGUCAGUCGACGUCACACAGUCGUCAUGGUUAUUUGAAUUCAAUUUGAAAUAGAAUGGUAAUCCUGUUUGAUCUGGUCUUUAAUGGAUGGGCAAAGGGUUCUAAGCCCCUUACUCUGUAGACCCCCAUUUCUCCCCUCUAAUCAGGAAUGAUUCAGACAUGGAACACCUGGUGUUUGGAAUCUGAAUUCAAAACUAAAAAUGUGACUCUCCCUUUUGAUGACCACUAUAUAACUGUGACACAUAAUCGUGCAACUGGUGACAAUUCCAACCAUAAAUUAUUCUAUAGAUAUCCGCCAGCACCUGUACACAUCAUCUGCCUUUUCCUUCCUGUACACCCUCUCUGCCACCUGACCAAAUUAAAGCUUUCUUCAGUUCUCC